AUGCUCGAAGGUAUACAUGUUGAUUCAGUCGGACUUUUUGAGCAUGGGAACCGGAACAAUAGCCGCAGAUUCCGUGCUCUUGAAAAACAGCAUAAAGUAUUCAAUUAUCUACUUUCUGCUUUAUCCAAAGCAAAUAUAAAUCCUAAAGACAUUGUCCAGUAUGUCAUUGGCGCUUCCUCAACACGAAAUUAUCCCAAGGACAGUGUCGUCAAUGUGCUGCUACCGUCCGACUUAUUUUACUAUCAGGCAUCGCAGUGGUCGAGCACGGGCCAUACUCAUGGUGAUGUUUGUGAGAGUAUACUCUUCAAACUAGAUGGUGGCAUAUGCAUAGUCACCCAUGUUGAUAUUCAGCCUUUUCAAGUGCGCUCACAUGAAGGAGAUUUGAUAUUCUCAGCAAGCUCGGUCCGAUUUAAAAUGGGACAAGCUAGCUUCCCUAGAUCUUUGAACAUCAAUGUAGCCAACUUGCCAUUAAACCAUAUAAAUGACGAAUGGUGCACAUGGCGAUAUACGUCUCCGGAAUUUCCCAUGGAACAGAGAUAUGAGUUGCAGACAUUCAAACUGCCUGAACCUGUCCUAUGCGUCGGAGGGUUUUUAAAGGUCGAACUCAUAGGGAUGGCGGAAAGGGAUACAGAAGAUAACAUGUACUAUCACCGCCUCAUGAGUGUGAACAUUUAUGGUCACUCUUUAAAACCAGCCUUCGAUGUUAGGACAACAGAAGGAGGGGAAAUGCAAGUGACCUGCAAUGCUUCAGAAGUACAUAAUGUUCUGAGGCGAAUCCCUAUGUUUUUUGUGGCCCGCAACUACGCGAUGCUUGAGGAUAAAGUUUACCAGGACUUUCUACAGGAGGGUUCAACGACCGCGGCACAAAUACUAACUAUGAUAGAUGAAGUGAUGCAUGAUGCACAAUAA